AUCAACAUAGCAACGUAAGGAUGAUCAAUAAUUAAUGAGGAGUGAAUGGAGCACAUCCGAUCGAUAAUAGCUUUAAUUUUUCUGUGAUGUUGAAAAUAAUUGUCAUGCUUCCGAUAUGUUAUUUUCCAAGGCGAUAUCUCAUGUUUCUACAGUUUCACGUUCUUCUAAUUUUGCUACUUUUUCCAGCCAAGGAAUGUACCAUGCCAGAAGCAAGUCAAGAAGGACUGUUACAUUCGUUCAAAAGUUACUCGGAUAUAGCUAUGUUUCAUUACACAGUUCCCAAAGAGGUGCUCAGAGCGACUUGGCAGUUCGCCGCGUUUAUGGAUCGGCAAGACUGUCCAGAAAGAAAAGUCCACGUGUAAACAGUCCUAUAUUAUACAGUUUUCGACCGUCUUGUAACGCAUCGCAACGUAAUAUUAUAAUUUUCAGAUAUCUGCAGUGGGGCAGUUACCCGGUGAUGUCUGUAAAUAACGAUACAUUUCCUAUUAACAUGUAUCCUAACCGUAAUCAGACUAUUGUAGUUUCCGCUCUUACAACGUUCGAACCAAAAACUACAGCGAUAGUACCGGUUUAUGGACCAGAAUUUGGAGACUGGUUCGUAGGAGCGUAUUUAUCUCACUGGGACGAAAAGGUUCAGCAACAGGGGCUUGGACACAAAUGCCAUUAUAGUAUAGGUUCCGUGGCUAUAUGGACGCAGAUAAAUAGUAUCGAGAAUAUACCAAUUGGCUGUCAGCAAACAUUAAGAACGAAAGAAACAACUUCGUAUUACAAGAUAUACAUUACGUCAGGAACGUGGAACUUUCGUGUCCACAUUUGGGGUUGUAACUUCACUGUGUAUACGUCUCAUGGCAUACACGAACCUUGUAUCAAAAGCAUGGCUUUGCAAGGACGCUCUCUACCUGUUUUCAAUCACUCCGAACCCAGCGAAAUUGGAAACUUUACUAUAUUCGAUUCACACACAUUCACAGAAUCUUCCCCUUUCGAAGAUAGUUAUUACUAUUUGAUGAUUAUUUCGGAUAGCAUCAUCGAAGUGAACAUAAAAGUAAUCACCUCGGAAUGUCCAAUCAGAGUGACAGAAAAGUCUUUCGUGAGACAGUACUUGGAUGCACCUUCGUUCUCCAAAGCAUUAGCGCAGUUACAUAUGAAAGAUCUAACAAAGCAUCGUUCGCACCAAUACGAAAGCAGGAAAAAUGCAUCGUCUUACAACGGGGACGAUUCGAGAAGUCAAUUUCAUUUGUCGGAUGAGAAUUUUGACGAGCUGUGCGUUCCAAGAUACCAACUUGCUAGGAUUAAGCACUCGCAAACAUUCUCUGGCGUAUAUUUGUUACAGGGGAGAGAGUGGCUAACUUCUUGGGUGAUGUUGACGGAUGUACAUCCAGUCGUAACACAGUUUAAUAUUUUGCCAUUAGUUGAUAUCGGUGGCACGCUUGACAUUAGUGCGCACUUAGAAAUGGACAAGGUUAUAACAAGACAGUUGGUCAAAGUUACACUUUGCGUUCAACGUGGUCGAGUGCCAGAUCGAGCAAAUGGUAGCAUUAAAUGCGAGGAUUCAAGAAUGUUAAUGAAUUUGUCUUCGUUCGACAAACACGAUGCAAGUUUGUUAAUACCAUAUCCGCAGCCAGACACAUGGUACGUUGCUCUAAGCGCAACGUGCCAUUUCAACGGACAUCCUGCGAAUUGCGAAAUGGAGGAUAUCUUGGUAUCGUUGGACAUACGAACCAGGCAAUGCGUGUUCUCUGGUAACUAUCCAUGUGGCCGUCAUGGAAUCUGCCAGGAAAUUCAUCGAGACAUUCUUUAUUACACAACGUGCAAAUGCUUCGAAGGUUACAAAGGAUGGGGUUGCACCGAUGCUACCAAUGCCAAUCCAGAGUCGUCUCUGGUCAUGACAACGAUGAUACUCACUUUAAGUAACGGUUUUUUUAUACCCGCCAUAUAUUUAGCUGUUAAACGUGGCUUAUAUACAGAAGGAUUAGUCUACAUGGCAACUAUGCUAUUCUCAUCGCUGUAUCAUGCUUGCGAUCAACAUGUCAUGACAUACUGUGUCGCUAAAUACGAAGUUUUACAAUACAGCGACUUUUUCUCAAGCAUAUUAUCAUUUUGGGUGACACUUGUCGCAAUGGCUGAGAUACCAACACGUUUUGUAUCGUUGUACCAUAUGUUCGGAGUCCUCAUAAUAGCUUUCGGGGUGGAAUCUAACAAAACAAGCUUGAUCAGUAUAUUGAUACCUCUGGGAAUAGGCGUUAUGAUUCCAAUGGGAACGUAUGCGUACCGGUGUUUUCAAAUGAAAAAAUGGAAGAAACCUGACAAAAUUUCUAAGCUAUUCGCUGGAUUACUGUUGGCCACCGUAGGUCUGUUACUCUUUUCUCUGGUUGAAACGGAAGCUAAUUAUCAAUACGUUCACAGCGCAUGGCACAUGAUAAUAGCUAUUUCGCUGAUAUUUCUGUUGCCAUCAUCACGUUUGGAACAAGCUGGCUCGUCAGGUAGCUCAUUCAGCGAUGACAGCGAAUUACUCGAUUACAAGGACUCGCCAGGCAGUCCAAUCUUCACCGUAACCACUGGCCAGGAGAAUCUGGUAAUUGCGUCAACCUAAAACUUACGUUGGAAGUAAGUA